AUGACGCCGCAAGCUUCUAUACCCAUCCGCAGCGAGGUGCUCAUGAAUCCCGAGGUGCCCCAGGCCCUGCGCCUGCAAGCCGUCCUUGCCGGGGGUGUGGUGGUCAUUCAGCACCGGCAAGUGACCUACCUCCUGGAUGACUGCAAUGACGCUCUGCCAGAGAUGUUUGAGGUCCCUGACGUGCAGAUGCCCGACUUUCCCGGGCUGGACUGGCAGGAGUACGGCGGGGAGGCUUGUGUGGACCCAACGCCCGAGAACGCUCCACAGGAGUAUCGGGAGUGGAUGGCCGAUGUGGGCGACACUCUCGCGCCCCGCACUCUUUUUGAGAGGGAACAGGGCAACCCACUGACCGUCAAGUCCCUGGAGGCUCCCAAAGGCCUGGAGGCCACCUUCCAGCACGCUCUGGACCCCUCAUCCUUGCCUGGGGUGGUGCUGCAUGGCACCAGCUGGGUCGUCACCCCUUCCCCGGGCAGGAAGUCUGUGCCCCAGGACGAGGCUGUCAUGGAGGCAGGGCCUGAGCAGCAUGACCUGGCACAGGAGUAUGGACGUGGAGAGCCAGAAUAUGAUGCUGAGCUGCUGGCAGGCCCACGCAGUUCGUUACUGAAACGUGUGCUGAGCAGCAGCCCCGGCAGCGACAUCGAGACUGAGAGGCUGCGCGCAGCACUGAGCGCAAGCCCCGGCAGCGCCUACCAGACAGCCAUGCUCCUGGGCCAGGUGAGCUGA